AUAUUGAGAAAAGGGUUCGUUGAAUCGAAGAGUCGAAAGGUUAGAGAAGAAGAAGCGAAGCUCACAUGGCGGCGCCCAUGGCGAGAUCCGGUCUCCGAUCGCUGAUCGAUGCGGCGAAGAAGACGACCUCCUCCCCCUCCACCAAGAGGGCCUUCUCCUCCUCCGCUCGCCACGACGACGCUUACGAGGCUGCGAAAUGGGAGAAGAUCGCGUACGCGGGGAUCGUGACCUGCACCAUCCUCUCCAUUUACAACUUGUCCAAGGGCCACCCUCAUCAUCCCGAUCCCCCGGCGUACCCGUAUCUGCACAUCAGGAACAAGGAAUUCCCCUGGGGACCUGAUGGCCUUUUCGAGGUGAAGCACGCCGAGCAUUAGCACACUCUACGGGCGUUCUGCUCUAUGUCUGACUAUUUUCUCUAGUCGAUCAAGUGAAAUUUGGCAUGCCUGCGGCCAAACCAAAUAAAAAUUCUUGAACUCUGGUGUUGAAAAAUUAGUUUGAGAGUUCACCUGUUGUCCUUAUGUCUAUUUUCUGGCAGCAAAUCGUUGUAAGAUGAUUUAUGCUUUGAUUUCUAGUGGAAAACAUUAUGCUUUUGUGGUAGAAUAAUAUUCUGAUUAGUGCAUUUGAUUUUCAUUUA